GCUCUGUAUCUGAGCAGCAACAGACAGAGAGGGAGAGCUAGAGAGAAGAGCUAAGGACCACGAGUGACACAUAGGAGGGGUCUAAGCGGCACAUCAGAAGAUUUUCCGUACCAUACGUGUGAAGAGAGUGUCAGAAUGACCCUUACAGCGUACAAGCAAAAGAUGAAGGAGCUCCCCCUGAUGUCCAUCCUUUGCUCCUGCCUGCGCUCAGAGGCCCUGGACAAGCCCACAUACAAGGCUGAAGAUGCUGUAGACCUCAGCUGGUGCGUUAUUAAGGACGUGGAAGUCAUCGAGUUGAAUAAGCGAGCAUCUGGUCAGGCCUUUGAGGUUAUUCUCAAGCCCCCUUCCUUUGACGGUAUCCCUGAGUUCAACACCUCCAUGCCUCAUCGCAGGGACCCUUCCCUAGAGGAGAUCCAAAAAAAGCUGGAGGCUGCAGAGGAGAGGAGAAAGUGCCAGGAGGCUGAACUGCUGAAGCACCUUGCUGAGAAGAGGGAGCAUGAGCGCGAGGUCAUACAAAAAGCCAUCGAGGAGAACAACAACUUCAUCAAGAUGGCUAAGGUGAAGCUGGAGCAAAAGAUGGAGGCCAACAAAGAGAAUCGAGAGGCCCUCCUGGCAGCCAUGUUAGAACGCCUCCAGGAGAAGGAUAAGCAUGCAGAGGAAGUGAGGAAAAACAAGGAGCUGAAGGAGGAAGCCUGUCGGUAGAGAGCGAACAGCAUGGAACUGGUUUUCGCUAGCUCAGGAAGGGCAAUGACAAGGGGGAAAAACCAGAGUGAAGAGGAGAAAAAUCAACCCAUGGGGUUAUCGGGGGAGGGUUUCUUUGACAACGAUUUAAAAUAAACUCUUGAGCGAUUCAUACCGAAAAACAUUGUAUUGAAAAAA